GGAUGUGCUCACUACUUGUUCUCAGUGCAGCGUUGCUUCCCCCAGCCCUAGCUAUCUCCAUCAACGAAAUAAACGGCAAUCGCUUUCUGUCGCCGUAUCAAGGUGAAAGCGUCUCCAAUGUUGAAGGACUAGUCACAGCCAAGGCAUCUUUGGGGUUCUAUCUUCGGUCCAUAGAUCCCGAUUCAGAUGACCGUACCUCCGAGUCUAUUUAUGUUUAUGGCACCGCGGCUAUUGAUGAGGUGAGUGUGGGUGAUAUUAUCACCCUUAGCGGUACGGUUUCCGAGUACUAUUACUCAUCUUCCUAUAUUCCCCUGACGGAGAUUACGUAUCCAUCGGAUAUUGAAGUUCAGACAAGUAAUAAUGAGGUCGUGCCUGUUGUUAUCGGGGAGAAUGGACUGUUACCUCCGACAGAGGAGUUUUCGUCGCUGGAUGAGGGGGAUGUGUACAGUCUUCCAAGCAACGCUAGUCAAUUGUCCGACAAGAAUCCUGUUCUGGAUCCAGAUACAUACGGGAUAGAUUUCUGGGAGAGCUUGAGCGAGGAGUUGGUCAGUAUCAGUGGUCUCAGGGCUAUCGCCAAGCCGAAUCAGUAUGGUGAUACGUGGGUUGUUGGAGAUUGGCCGGUGACUGGAGAGAAUGAGAGAGGAGGGUUGACCAUGCGUGCUAAUGACUCAAACACUGAAGCCAUCCUCAUCGGCUCCGCAUUAGACGGAACUAAUAAUCCUACUGAUACGAAAGUGGGCGAUACUAUCGACGACAUAACUGGCAUUAUCACACAGGCUUACGGAUUCUAUUCGAUUCUCCCACUAACCGCAUUAUCCGUGUCCGGCUCAAACUCUACAACUGCAUCGCCCACGGAUCUGGUCUCAGAUGGCACCUGCAAGAAAGCGUCCUUCGGAAGCUACAACGUUAACAACCUAGAGCCAGACUCUGACACCCUAUCCAAGAUUGCAGAGCACAUUGCCACAUACAUGAAGAGUCCGGCAUUAGUAUUCCUGCAGGAGAUCCAGGAUAACAAUGGCGCUACGGACAAUGGAGUAACAACCGCAAACAAAACACUCUCAACCCUAACCACCGAAAUCGCCAAAAAGGGCGGAAUCAACUACACCUUCUUCGACAUCGACCCUGCAGACGGCGAGGACGGCGGGGAACCAGGCGGGAAUAUUCGCAAUGCCUAUCUCUACGAUUCUUCGGUUAUAAAACUACAUAAUCCGAAUCCAGGCUCUAGCAGUGAUGCAAAUGAUGUCCUAUCGGGUCCUGAGUUGAAGUAUAACCCGGGGCUGAUUGACCCCAAUAACUCGGCAUGGGAAAAUAGUCGGAAGCCACUCGCUGCGGCUUGGGAGGUGGUAGAUGGGGGUGAUGUGUUUUUUACAGUCAAUGUGCAUCUUACCAGUAAAGGAGGCGGUUCCUCGCUCGAAGGCGAUGCCAGACCGCCCGUAAACGGGGGCGUUGAGAAACGAAUCUCCCAAGCUGAAGCCAUCGCUAAUUUCACAAACGCCCUCCUCACCGAAGAUUCAUCCACCAAAAUCCUGAUCUCUGGCGACUUCAACGACUUUUCCUUCGUCGAGUCCCUCCAGAUCUUCACUUCCAACGACCUUUACGACCUGGAUGACGUAGUGGAGACACCAUCUACAGAGCGUUACACGUAUUUGUAUGAUAUGAACAGUCAGCAGCUGGACCAUAUGUAUGUGAGUGAGAGCUUGGCGAAGGCGGAGGCGGGGAUGGAGCAUUUGCAUUUGAAUACGUGGGUGGAGUAUGAUGCGCAGGCGUCGGAUCAUGACCCUACAGUUGCAGUUUUAGAUGUUUGUGGCUAGGUAGGUUGGGGUUGUAUUUAGAGCGGUGGAGGGCUUGGGUGGUACUGUGGGGUUCUACAGAUCCAUACACAUUCAGGAGGUAAAUCAUUCAGCGUAAUUGAUAUUCCCAUUUAACGGAUAUCCAUCUGUAUCUAUGACAUUUUCUCCACAUCCAAAUCAAGUUCAAUUACCGACCAACG